AUGGCGGAUUCCUCGCCCGCUCCGUCCCUGCGGGCAGGCGGCCCCCGUGCGCCCUGGUCCUCGGCCCCCUCGCCGCCGCACUCGCGUUCGGGCUCCGAGGCCGAGGAGGCCGAGCUGUCGCUGAGCCUGGCACGCACCAAGACCCGCUCGUACGGUAGCACGGCCAGCGUGCGGGCGCCGCUGGGCGCCGGCGUCAUCGAGCGCCAUGUGGAGCACCGGGUCCGCGCCGGCGACACGCUGCAGGGCAUCGCGCUCAAGUACGGAGUCUCGAUGGAACAAAUUAAAAGGGCAAAUAAACUGUUUACGAAUGAUUGUAUAUUUCUGAAGAAAACUUUGAACAUCCCAGUUAUAUCAGAGAAGCCUUUGCUGUUUAAUGGACUUAACUCAGUAGAUUCUCCAGAAAAUGAAACUGUUGAUAGUUUUUCUCAUGAAGAGGAGCUGGUAGCAGCUGGGGAAGACGUCUCUCCUCCCAGCCCUCAAGAAUUGGAUGUUCAGCCCAUACAGCCCGAGGAAGUAUCAGCCAGAGAUUUCCUGCAGAGGCUGGACUUGCAGAUUAAGUUAUCAACACAGGCAGCCAAGAAACUGAAAGAAGAGAGCAGAGAUGAAGAAAGUCUCUAUACAGCUUCCCUUUAUCAUAGUUAAAUGAUCAGGGGACAUAAUCUAACCUGGUUAAGAGAUGGCUGGAUCAUAAAGAAACCAACAACAGAUGAUUCAGAAGCAUCCUUUUUGGAUUCUCAUAGCAUACAUCUUUAAAUCACAAUUAGUUAGUUCCAGCUAUGGCAGUUGCACUGAAGUCACUAGUUUCCUCAGGCUUUCUCUGAUUUUCAGUCUUUAUUAUGGCAUGAUUGCAAAACUGGGUCUUAAUGCUCAUCACUUUUGCCAGUGGUGGUAGUUUUUAGCUUUUUAGUUUCUAGCUUUUGUAAACACUAGCUGACAUAAAGCCUCAAACACUAUUUACAUAUUCAAGCUGAAAUAAUGUUUAUCUCCUGAGAAAUCCUAAUUAUGUGAAAAACAUGGUUGCUGUAUGCUGAUUUUGCUAUGUGUUUAUAACUUAAGUACUAUAUAUAUAUAUUUCGAUAUGUAUGACUAUAAAGCAAAUUUUGUCUGCUAUUUUGUAAAAAUAAACUACAGAAGUCUGAAUGAGAAAAUAAACUAUGUUUUCAUAA